AGUCCUUUCCCCUAUACCAUCACCAACAUAUACAUAGAUGCUUAUAUCUCCAAACAUUUCCAUCACACCUACCUUUUUCUUCCUUCAAUUCCUCUGCUUUUCUUCAACAACAUUAUAGCAGAGGAAUAUAGGAAAGGAAAGAGUGUCUUCUUACAUAAAUCGCAUUAAUUAAUUCCUCGAUCGCCUUCUUCUCGCACAUUAAUCUGUUUCGAGGAUGAGAGAUUUGGUGAUAAAAACGCGGGAAUCGGCAGCGGGGUCUCCGCUGUCCGGAAACUCUCCUCGAGCAGAUGUAGGAGAGAUCGAUACAAGGGCGCCAUUCCAGUCUGUGAAGGACGCCGUAUCUCUAUUCGGCGAUUCAGGUUCGCCCAAGUCAGGGACGGCGACCGUGGCCAAGAAGAAAGCUGACGAGAGAUUGCUCGAAGUAGAGGCGCAACAUCAUCUCAUGAUGAAGGCGCGAUUAUACUACACCCAUCAAUUGCGAACCACCGAAGCAGCCAAAGCGCAAGCCCUGCGUGAGCUGCAGAUGGCCAAUAAGACGCUCGAGCAGCUCACCAACAAGCUCCAAAUGCUCGCACAUUCCAAGCAAGCGUCCAUUGCAGCCGCUGAAGCUGCAAAAGUCCAAGCAAUGGAGCUGGAGGAGGAGCUAGCACGCAGAGCGCAGCUGGGCAACGAGAUGUGGAAAUCCGUCCUCAACAAUGAGCGUGAGCUUUACAGGACCACCACCGCACAACUCAUGGCUUGUGAGGAGGAGCUCGCCAAUCUGAGACAGGAUUAUGAUGCCGUUGUGGUAGAAAGACUAGCGAUGCUCCAGAAAGCCGAAGAAGCCCAAGAUGAACUACAGAAGCAGGAAGCGAGGCACGCGCAGCUCAUGAAAGAAGUCGAUCAACUGCAGCAGACAUUUGAUCAGGUGAAGCGGACCUCACUCGAGGCCGAAGAGGAGUACAUGAAGAUCGUCGUGGAGAAGGAAGAGUUGUUGCACAGUCAUAAAUUAAACAAGGAGCGCGUCGAGAAAGAGAUCAAACUCUUGGAAGAAGAAUUCGUGCCUACUGAAACUCUCCAGGCGAAGCUCGAUGAGACGAUGGAGGCAAUCAGAGUUCUGCAAGAACAGCUGCACGACAUCCAGUCCACGGAUCUCUACGCCAUCCGGAAGAUGGCUAAGGAGCUCGACAGCGCCAAAAGGGCGUUGGCAGAAGCCGUGGCAGAAGAAAACUCUCUCCAAGCAUCUAUUGAUUCGACUAAAAAGCAACUGGAGGAUGUGAGAAGCGAGCGCCUGGUAGCAGAGAAGGCGGCGGGCGAAGCAGAAUCGACCACCGAGCAAAUGCAGGGCGAUCUAGAGAAGAGCAAGGCUGACCUCGAGGCAGCUAAGUCAGGAUGUGGUUUCAUUAUGCAAUCUUGUGUGGAGAAGCUUCUGGAAGAGGCUGAAAUGGUUAGGAAUGAAGCAGAAAACAGUAAAAAGAGCGCUGAGUUACUAAGGGAAGAGGCCAAAGCAGCAGCAGCUCUGACCCAAGAAGCAGACGAAAAGCUCAAGACGGUGUUGAAGGAAGCUGAAGAAGCCAAGGAUGUAGAGAGGCUCGCAGAGGAACGAAUCUAUUGCUAUCAGGGUCACGAAGAUGCAGAAUCACACAGUUCAACGAGGAGGAUCAGAUUGUCAGUCGAUGAGUUCGACUCAAUGAACAAGAAGAUCAAGGAAUGCACGAGUAAGGCCGACAUAGAAGUGGCCACUGCCAUUGCCCAGGUAGAGGCCAUAAAUGCAAGAGAGAGAGAAAAUUCAGAGAAACUAGAGGCAAUGUUGAAAGAGAACGAGGCCUUACAGUCGGAAAUCAAGGAGGCUCUCAAGACGGCAGAAAUGGCAGAGGCUGCACGGAGGUUAGUUGAGACCGAACUCCAGAAAUGGCGUCAAAAUGAACACAGUGAAGCUGCAAAAGCAAAAUAGUGAUCAGUACAUAGGUUUUUGAACAUGAGAGUAUAUAUUCAGGAAAACAAUAGCAAAUCGCUUACUUGAUAGAGAAAACAGAGAAUAACGAGCAUACCUGGUCAGCAUAUCCAUGAGCUAAAACACAGCAGGAGAAGCAUUACCCACAUUUUGAUCGAAGAUUAAUAAGAUCGGAGCCAAAAUUUUCUAUUCCUCAGAUUUAAGAAGCGCAUGCUUUGAGAUUUCUAGCUACUUCCUACCUCAAAAAAAUCAGUUUUCCUCUCUAAUUACUUAAAUAUUAUAUAAUUAUAUUAAUAUAA